CCCGUUUAAGGUAGGUUGUAUCGAACUGUCAGCUGUACAUGACGCUUUUAUUGUCAGCGGUGUGCUUCGGAAGAGAAUAGUAGUCAGAGUUGGGAAAGACGGUAGGAACAGAACGUUCAUUAGGUCAAUGUCAAAAGACUGCCGCAGCGAUGGCAGGCGGCGAGGAGCAGGACAGCACCGUCUCGGGCUGGGACUUGAUGGAAGGGAAAAAACAGGGAAAAGAGUUGGGCCUGCUGGGGAUGGCCGGGAUAGAUCUUGCAGCAACAGCUCAGGCUCAUCUCAUGGAGGAGGAAAGGGAAGAAACACUCCGGUUGGAUUGUGCUAUAAGGCUUCCAUUCAGCGUUCAAACAGUCAUGAUAAAGUGAGGAAGAUUGUUGCAGAAGAAGGUCGCACUGCGAGGAAUCUGAUUGCCUGGAGUGUGCCCUUGGAAACUAAAGAGGAUGAUGCAGGAAAAUCCAAAUCUCAGUCUUCUGGCAACACAAGGUCCCAGCGGCUGACUUCAGGACUACACAGAAACAAAAAGCAGAUUGGUUCAUUAGAUAGUAAACUAGGAACAGCUGUGCUGGAUAAGAGCCCAACAAAAGCCCGUCUGCCCCGAAAAAUUGAUCUCCGAGCUCGAUAUUGGGCUUUUCUCUUUGAAAACCUUAGAAGGGCUGUGGAUGAAAUUUAUGUCACAUGUGAAUCUGAUCAGAGUGUUGUGGAAUGCAAGGAAGUACUGAUGAUGCUUGAUAACUAUGUUCGUGAUUUUAAAGCAUUAAUUGAUUGGAUUCAGCUCCAAGAAAAACUGGAGAAAACAGAUGCACAGAACAGACCAACAUCCUUGGCUUGGGAGGUGCGAAAAAUGUCACCAGGACGCCAUGUUAUGUCUAGUCCAUCAACAGACAGAAUUAAUCCAACACAGAGUGCACGAAAAGCAUUGAAUUUUGGGGGACCUCCACCCACUUUGGCAGUCUCACGUCUAACUUCAACUGGAUCAAGCUGGGCAGAUAAAGUUAAAUCUACGCACACUGCCACAGUAGUGAACCAUACAGGUUCAGAAUCGACUGAUACUUCUGGUCAUAACGCACCACAGGGUCCUCAAAAACCUAGUAAAAAAGAUGCAGAAGGCUGGGAAACUGUUCAACGUGGUCGUCCGGCACGACCUCGAUCUGCAACAUUGGUGCCAAAAAUCAGUGUACCCCAAAUUUCUGUAAUAAAUAAGGAUGACAGUGACAAGGAAAAUAAACAAGAAAGUCAAACUGAAGUAAACUCAAAUAUGGCAAAAUUAGAAUUUAAUACAAAGGAUCAAAUUCAGUUCACAGACAAUCUCGAGGAUUCAGCCAAGUCUGGCAAACUGCCCUUGCAAUUCAUUCCACAGAAGUCUUCUGCAGUGACUCCAGAAAUUCACACAGAUGAUGUCUGUCCUUCAAUAGGGCAAAAGGUGGAGACGGCUCCUGUUGCAUUUGUUACAGACCAAGCUCCAGCUGAAACAUUGAAAUUGGAGAGUCAACUGGACCCCACAGAGCUUUCAAAUACCCAGUCAAUUGCUGAAGUUCUAGCCAAGAAAGAAGAGCUGGCUGACCGGUUGGAGAAGGCAAAUGAAGAAGCUAUUGCAAGUGCAAUUGCUGAGGAGGAGCAGCUGACCAGAGAGAUUCAAGCAGAAGAAGACAAUGAGUUCAACUUAGAGACUGACAAUGAAUGUGAUUUCUCAGCUAGUAUAGGAAGUGGAAGCUUGUCUUAUUGUGGCCUACCUAUGGACUGGAAUGAAGUCUUAGCUGAUUAUGAUGCUCGGGAGCCAUGGAGACAGAGUACAUCAUGGGGAGAUAUAGUGGAAGAAGAACCAGCUCGUCCUCCUGGUCAUGGGAUACAUAUGCACGAAAAGUUAUCCUCUCCAUCACGUAAAAGAACAAUUGCAGAAUCAAAGAAGAAAUAUGAAGAAAAACAGCUCAAGGCACAACAACUGAGAGAAAAACUUCGAGAAGAAAAAACACACAAGCUUCAAAAAUUAUUAGAAAGGGAGAAAGAGGUUAGGAAAUGGAAGGAAGAACUGCUGGAUCAAAGACGCAGAAUGAUGGAGGAGAAGCUACUACAUGCUGAAUUCAAACGAGAGCUACAGCUUCAGGCUAUUGUUAAAAAGGCUCAAGAAGAAGAAGCAAAGGUAAAUGAGAUUGCCUUUAUCAAUACACUUGAAGCACAGAACAAAAGACACGAUGUUCUUGCCAAGCUGAAAGAAUAUGAACAAAGACUGAAUGAACUGCAGGAGGAACGUCAAAGACGACAAGAAGAAAAGCAAGCACGGGAUGAGGCUGUUCAGGAACGCAAAAGAGCGCUUGAAGCUGAGCGACAGGCCCGUGUGGAGGAGUUAUUGAUGAAGAGGAAAGAGCAGGAAGCUCGUAUUGAACAACAGAGACAGGAGAAAGAGCGGGCGCGGGAGGAUGCCGCACGAGAAAGAGCCAGAGAUCGAGAGGAAAGACUGGCAGCCCUUAGUGCAGCUCAGCAAGAGGCCAUGGAAGAGCUGCAAAAGAAAAUACAACUAAAGCAUGAUGAAAGUAGUAGACGCCACAUGGAGCAGAUUGAGCAAAGAAAAGAAAAGGCAGCAGAACUGAGCAGUGGGAGACAUGCAAACACGGACUAUGCACCCAAGCUGACACCAUACGAACGUAAAAAGCAGUGUUCACUGUGUACUGUCUUGAUUACCUCUGAAGUGCAUUUAUUUAGUCACAUCAAAGGGAAGAAACAUCAGCAGGCAGUGAGAGACAGCAGCAGCAUCCAGGGCAGGGAGCUGUCAGACGAAGAAGUGGAGCACCUGUCGUUGAAGAAGUAUAUUGUGGACAUUGUAACUGACAGCUUUGUACAAGUAGAGCCAGUGAAAGAUGGAGAAGAGAAACAGAAAUCAAGGAAAAAAGCCAAAAAACUCAGGGCACGAAUGAAUUCCAGGGGAAAGGAGUAUGAAACAUCUCAGGAGGCAGGAAAUCAAAUACUAGACUCUCCAUAUAAGGCCAAAUUGCAGAGGCUGGUUAAAGACUUGUUGAAACAGCUGCAAAGUCAAGACAGUGGUCAGUGGACAAACAACAAGGUGUCCAGCUUAGACAGAACACUAGGAGAAAUCUCACGCAUCUUAGAAAAACAGAACAAUGCAGAUCAAGUAGCAUUUCAGGUUGGAGGGGGACUGUCGGCUCUGGAACAGAUUUUUCAGGUAGUCACUGCAACCUCCAGUCCCAAUGCAGCCCCACGCAUUCCACUGAAGUCUCUCUGCAGUGCUGUAAAUGCAUACUACUUGGCAUGCAGCAAAUGCUACAGCAACUGUGCAUAUGUUUUGUUUGGCAACAAGAUAACUUUCCUGGUGGACCUACUGAUUCAACAGCUGAUGUUGUUUGUCCCAGAGGAAGAUAAAACUCUGUGUGGGAGGAGUGUAAACAAGCAAAUAUUUGAAGGGCUGGCAACAGGACUCCUACAGACUACCGCAGAAGUACUAGGAUUUCUGCUUUCUAGACUCCCUCAGGGCAGUAACCACCAUGGCACACCCAGAAUAUCAACACAGGAAGUGAAAAACAAGCCCUCCGAGAAUGAGGCCUUCAAUUGCAGGGUGCAAGACCUGAUCAGCUACGUGGUAAACAUGGGUUUGAUUGACAAGCUCUACGGCUGCUUACUUUCAAUACAAGGCCCAAUUGAUGAAAAUCCAAAGACUGCUGCAUUUCUUCAUCAUGCAACAGCUCUGUUACAUGGAAUGUGCAAAAUGUGUUUCCUGGGGACUGGACGAUCACCUAAUAUAUUUGACAAUAAACGACAAGAUCCUACUGGCUUGACUUCCUUGCUCCGUUCAACUGAUCUUGUUGGAGUUCUUCACAUGCUGUACUGCAUUCUUCUUCAUGGUUCAACACCUGACCCAAACAUGGCCAGUCCUAUUGAGAGCUACCCAGAAACUGUUGUACAGGUUGCUCUCCAGAGUGUUAGCUUUUUGAAUAGCUUUGCACUUUUGGACCUUUCAGCAUUUCAGUCUGUGCUAGGUGCAGAGGGGCUUUCACUGGCAUUUCGUCACAUCAUUAGCUCACUGCUAUGGUACUGCUCCCAUCACACCUGUGAGGACUUGCUUCAUGAGGUCAUCAUCUGCGUUGGAUACUUUACAGUCAACCACCCUGACAACCAGGUAAUUGUGCAGUCUGGACGUCAGCCCAGUGUCCUGCAGAAACUGUGUCAACUGCCUUUCCAGUAUUUUAGUGACCCAAGACUGAUCAGAGUGCUCUUCCCAACACUUAUAUCUGCCUGCUACAACAACAGCCAAAACAAGGUCAUCCUAGAGCAAGAAAUGAGCUGUGUUUUGCUUGCAACAUUUAUACAGGAUUUUGCACAAAGUUCAAGCCAAAAUGAAAACAAACCAUCCCAGCAAGGAGAAAGUGUUGCCCAGUCUAUGGAUUACCUCGAACUGUCAAACCGGUUUCCUAGAGAUCAAUGGGAUUCAGCGCUGCAGUUUUUCCUAAAGAAGAAAGAUAAAUGAUUUUUGUGUUGUAGACUCUUAAGAUCAUAUUUUUCUUUGAAAAAAACCAAUGAAAGUCAACUGAAAAAUGAAAUCCUCUUCACUAAAGAGAAAAGGAAAGUAAUUGAUAUUCUCCUGUUAAUUUAAGGUCCCUGUGCUGUGGGUUUUUGCAUCUUAUUUUUCCUGUAGACACCAUCAAUGCUAGCUCUGUUGUGUCUUCAUUGACUCUUCCCUGGAUGUGAAAGAUGAGCUCGCAGUACGAGCGUCCUGUGGUGUGCACACGGCUCACAGUGCAUCUCUGGAAGGUGAGACGGACUGCGCCUCAAAGCCGCUUAGAGUGAAGAGCGCGAGGACUGCCCAUUAAAUGGACGGCUGCGCUUUAUAAGGUCAUUCUUGUUUUUAUUCCUCUUCUAAAGGAUAUGACGGUAGUUUAAUGGUAGUGACAGUUGUCCUGCAGGGUAUCUGUAGUUAAGUUGAUGGUAUGAGUUAUACAUUUUAUAUUUUUGAAUUUGUGAUAUUGUUGACGAUUUGCACAAGUAUUGUAUUAAUUGUAUAUAUUUUCCCCUUUUUGUACUCCUAUGUUAUUUUCUUCCUUCAUUAUAAUAACUUUUUUCAAAAGUAGGUGACAAAAAAGUCUUUCUUUCAAAAUUAUUUAUUUCCUUUUCCUCUUGUUUUUCUUUAUAUCAACAAAUGUAUAUGCACAACACUACAAUGAAUAAUAUUUAACUUGUUUU